CGCUUCGCUGAUAAAGGGAGGGAGGUGUUCUAGCAGCACCGACCUCGUCCGGCAUCAGACACAGCUGUGCCACCCAUGCGAACGAGAGACGUCCGAGCCGAAUUUGCAAUGUGGGGACUGUCAAGGAACGAAGAGUAUGGAUGGAUUGCAGGUCUGGGAAACUUGCAUUAACCGUAACACUCGUCUGUGUGUCCAUGAUACUCAUAAACAUACAGUCCCAUGAGCACGCAGAGUCAAACGCUCACGGGGAGGAGGAUCGAUCCCCGCCCUAUCAGCACACCCCAGUCCUGCAAACCCUCCCCUCCCUCCCCCACGCAGACAGUAGCUAGUCGCACGCGCGAGGGCGAUAGACAAGCGAGAGCGAAUCCAUCCAGACACAUGGCAUGAGCCAUGUGGGCGAUGAACACGUUGGCAUCGUGUCCCCACACACCGUCACACGUCACCAUCAGAGGGCAGAAGGUCACGCGGGAGUCGCAGACGGUCGAGUGAUAUUUCUUCUUCUUGGCGGUCUCGUGCUGCUUCAGGAUGGACUUGAUCGAUCGGUUCUUGGAAGCAUAAGACGGUGCGUCAACAUCAGUGAUGCAGAUGUCGAACGACGCAGCCGCCUGCCGCUCCCACACGCCCCGAGCGACGAUGUUCACCCUGAUCCCGCCCUCCCCCUCCUCUCCCUCCUUCAACACCACCUCCCGACGCACACCAGCGUCCCCCCACGCCAUCCCAAUCAGCUCGGCAAAAGUGUCCCGCAGCUCGUUGUGGCGACGAAUCACCAGGCCGUACCGCUUGCAGCACAGCGCAUGGUCGACGGUGAGGGGCUGGUUGCAGUGCUCGCAGCGUGCAGCGAGGCCAGGGGGGUGACGGCCGUAUCGCAUGUUGAGGGCAUCUCGAAACUCCGCAGCAUCAAGACCAGUGUUGUUGUCUGUCGAUGGGAGGGUGGUCAGCCAGCCGGACGUCUUAUAUUCGGCGCUACAGGAGAGGACGCGAUGGCGCCGGCGGUCGAUGUGCGGCAGGGCGGCCUCCCUCUUGGUUUUGUGGGCGACGUCCUGGUGCUGCUUGCUCUUGGUGAGGGCGUGGCGGAUGGUGGCACGAUGGUCGCCAGGGUGGAAGGGAGCCUUGCCUUGGACGGCCUUGGAGACCACCUUGGUGCUCGCGCGGGAAGCGGGGUAGGCGGCGGCGGCACGGUCGAGAGGGUCACGUAUGCCGGUGCCGCCAAAGCGGGCAAGCAGCAGCAUCAGGUCGACCUCGGACGGCGUCACAGGGCCACCGAGGAGGGCCGGCAGCAGCUCCUUGACGAUGACCUCACGGAGGGGGCUGAGAGCGCACUCGUCGGUGAGCACGACACGAAAGACGUAGUCCCACUCCAUCUGCAGAGACCUCGUCAUUGCCGCGUGGGCCGUGUGUGGGAAGUUGCGGGCAGCAGACGUGAGCGCGCGCACGCCGCGCACCCACCCCUCGACCUUCUCGCAGAGGAACGCCGCCCUCCCCCCCUCAUCGCCCACGUAGCCGCCCAGGAACCUCUUGCCCGUGACGUUUCGCACCCCCUCGGGCUCGAAGAGCUCCCUUGCAAUCUGCUCGAGCUCGAGUUUGACGACGAGGAAGGACUUGGCGGCCUCCGGGUGAUAGCCGUAUGAGGGACCGAUGCGACGCAGGGCUCGAAACCACACGAGUAUGCCGUGAAGUUUGCCGAGCGCCGAUGAGUCAUCUGCAUACCAGCACUGCCGCAGCGAAGCGCUAGAUGAAGAGGCCGAUAAGGCCGACGAACUCUCUCUGUCCUCCUCACCAACUCCAACACCUUCUACAUCAGAACACACACAUACACCCGCACCAUCCCCCUCUGCUUCUGGUGGCGUGUCACUGGCUUCUUCUGGCUUCUCUUGCGCUUCUGAUGGCGCAUUUUCGUUCUCGUCCGUGUCUGACCCAGACCCAUCGCUGCCUGACUCAUCCCAUGCCCCACUCGACGGCGUCUCAUAUCCCUCCUCAGCGCAGGCAGCCCGCAGGGCAUGGAUGAGGGGAAGGCUGCUGCAGGCGUAGACAAAGAUCGCCAUCGAAUCGCCCUGUGUGACGCCUUCACAGCUCCACAGACAGCCGGCUGAGCCUUGCAGGUGAAGUGCGGCGAACCCUCGGUAGGUGUUGAACACAUAGCGAGAGCAGCGGGGCCACAGCACGCGGGUGUUCCAGAUGGCAGCAGGCCGACUGAUGCGAUUGAAGGCGUUGCUCGCGUCCACCAGCAGGAGCCCCUCGGUCUCGUCCUCUUGGAAGAGGUCAUUCACGGCGUGCACAGCCCCCUCGAGGCCCCCCUUCACACCGAUGCACAGCUGAUCAGUGCCGCAGGUCGUCUCCAGGUCAGAGCGGGUCACCAUGGCCAUGCACUUGCCAGCCAGCCGAGAGAGCACCUCCCCGACGCCGAUGGGGCGGACGCCCGGGCAUUUGUCGAGAGCGAUGAGGCGGCACGCUCGCAGGGCCUUGAUGUUGUCCCAUGGGACGAUGGUGUUGGCCAGGAGACGAGCGAGGCCACAGCCGCGCGGAGGCGGCCGCUUUUGGCACCGUAUCGAAGGAGGAAGGUCUGCCAGAAGUUCGCAUCGCCACCGGUCGGUCCAGCGCUCCCACUGAGGCACCGUGCCGCUCGCUCCACGGUCGAGUCCGUGAUGUCCACGUCAAUGAGGGGAGGAAGGUCGUCACACGGAAGGAAGGCUUCCUCAUGCGGCUGCUGCUGUGGUGGGUGCUUCUCGCGAAGGACAUCGAGCACCGUGACCCCCGGGGGGCGCUUCUCGGCCUGAGCAGAUGGGUGGAGGACCCCCCCGCCGCCCCUCUCGGUGACGAAGCGGACGGCCGCCCGGACCUUGCCCUCGAGCAUGAGCUUGUUGAAGAUGCGAUAGACCGACGCGUCGUCCAGCUGAGGCUGAGUGGUGGGGAACUGCUGGUCCAGUCGCUCCGCCUCGCACACGAGCUCCUCCACCUGCCCCUUCUGCCACAUCUGCAGCCGCCUCCAGAGCAUCCGCUUGACAUCGCGCUUCCUCUUGACAUCCGGAUCUCGCUGGAUGAGUGUGCGGACGAAGACGCCAGCCCGCUCGGACGGUGCCUCGAGCUUGGAGAUCUUCUCCACCUCAUCAGCGAUGGCAUCGGCGAUGGCGCGGCCAAGGUUGCCAAGCUUGCUGAGAUCCUUCACGCACCGCAGUCGAAGCUGGCAGACCCGCUCGUGAUAUGCCUCCCACUCAGGGAAAGUCGAUCCACUGGCGGAGUUGACGAGGGGCUCGCCGAAGGCCUCGCGCAUCUUCUCAUCGACAAAGGAAGCCGUGGAGGGCACGGCAGGGCCAGCAGAGGGGGAGACGGCAUUCGAUUCAUCAUCAUCAUCAUUGCUAACGGCCGGGUCCGCAGGAUACGCAAAAUUCGUGCACGUGCCGCGCUUGCAAUUGACACAGUUAGUGCACAGGCGCUUGUGCUUCCGGCAGUCACACUUCCGGCUGCAUGUGGACAGCGCAGACGUCCCUUUCGCGUUGCAUGCGCAACAGGGGGGGCCCGCCGCCGUCUCGCGGGAUGAGGGUCACUGGGGGGGGUUGGGUGUAGUCCGAUACACGCUCCCUCAUCCGAAAAGGAGGAGAAACAGCCGAGAAAUAACCGACUCAAUCAAUCAAAUUUGCUAAGGUGCAUGUCUUCUUGCCCCUGUUCUUGCAGUUGCACCACAGUCCGGUCCGGCCGUUGCCCCGGGGCUUCAUUGUGCCCGCCAAAUGGCCAUUAUCGCGGAUCCUGCACACUGGGCAGGGCAUGUUCCUCACCACGCGGCGAGCGGGCUCGUCCUCGGUGGGAGGGGUGAAUACGAGGAACCGCAGAAUGUUUUCGAGAUCCCGAGGCGGAGUCUCAAUCUUGUACACGCAGAAGUGCUCCGUGUUGUCAUCGUCAACCAAAACUCCAAUGAUGGUGUACGGAGUGGAUGGUGUACUUAUGGACC